AUGGCUUCCAUCUCCGAGCUUGCCUGCAUCUACUCCGCCCUCAUUCUACACAACGAUGAGGUGACUGUCACGGAGGACAAGAUCAAUGUCCUCAUCAAGGCGGCUGGUGUUAAUGUGGAGCCUUUCUUGCCCAGCUUGUUCGCAAAGGUCCUGGCCAACGUCAAUAUCGGGAGCCUCAUCUGCAAUGUCGGGGCUGGUGGACCUGCUCCCUCCAUCGCUGCUGUCCCAGCUGAGGAGAAGAAAGUGGAAGCAAAGAAAGAACAAUCUGAAGAGUCCAACGAUAACAUGGGAUUUGGUCUUUUUGACUAA